AUGAAAUGUCCAAUGGAGCGCAAGUAUAUCGCUUUUGCGAGAUGCUUCAAGCCAAAGAUUUCGGACGAAGCUGCUGCCGAACUCGUUCGCGAGUAUAAAAAGCUUCGUAUGUCGGAUACCAAUAAUGCGGCAACUUCGUCAUGGAUAAACACUAUUCGACAACUUGAAUCGCUUGUGCGACUCUCCGAGGCUCUUGCGAGGCUUCAUUGCGGUCGCGAGGUGAAAGCUGAGCAUAUCGACCCAGCCAAACUGAAAUUAAAAUAUGAGGAUUACAAGAAAAUGUCGGAUGUGCUCAUUCUUCAUAUGAGAGCCGACGAAGACAAACUCGGCGAUGAGGAUUAUGGAGGUGUGAAGCAGAGCGAGCUGGUCGAUUGGUAUUUCAACACGAUUGAGGAAGACCUUGGUUCGGAAGAGGAUUACCUCGUGCAGAAGACGGUAGUGCCUCUACAAGUUUUCCGUGGCGAUGGCACUGAUGGUUCCCUGUGGAGUGUCGAAGAACUUUUGAAACAAUAUGAAACCAAUUCGUCAUGGGUUGUAGACGCAAAAACUUAG